UUGGCUGAGCCGUGGAAAUGGCGCCUGUGGCUGAGGGGGAGGUGAGGGAGCUGCGGUGGGAUCUGAUGGACAUUCACUCUCUUCGGCUUUGGUUUCAGCUUUGCUCUCCGAGCUGAAGAAGCUUUCGAAUCUUAGUCUGCUCCACUCCUUGGUUGUCGUACCCUCUUGGCCAGUUGCUGCCGCCGGAGACCCCUUGAAGGGCACGGCUAGGAUGGAGAGUCCGAGCCUGCGGGACUACGGAGCUGCCCGCUCGGUCACUUCCAGUGAGCGCCUAGACCCAGACCGGCCCAGUGACCUCCGGCAAAAAGAUGUUACUCUGGAAUUGGAAAGAGUGGGAGAAGAUGAAAAGCAAAUGGUGAUAAAAAACAGCAGUGAGUGGAAUCCCCUGCUGCAAGAAUCCAUUGCUUCCAGUCAGAUUGGUGGUAGUACAAUGACAGAAUGCCGUAAGUCUGUCCCAUGCGGAUGGGAAAGAGUUGUGAAGCAAAGGUUAUCAGGGAAAACAGCAGGAAGAUAUGAUGUAUAUUUUAUCAGCCCACAAGGACUGAAGUUCAGAUCCAAAAGUUCACUUGCUAAAUAUCUUCACAAAAAUGGAGAGACUUCUCUUACACCAGAAGAUUUUGAUUUUACUGUACCUUCUAAAAGGGGCAUCAAGGCCAGACAUAAAGAUAACAACAUAGCGCCUCUGACAUCCCAAAUGCAAAAUGAAAGGAGCAAUUCAAACUGGAACCUCAGGACACGAAGCUGGUGGACAAAAGGUGUCUUUCCCCUGCCAAGUGGUACUUCGGAAUCGCAAAAUAGCAGAGGACCAUCUAACUUUAAAGAAGAUGAGGGUGUUAAUGAUGUUGACUCCAGAAAGGUUAGAAAGUCCAAACGAAAGGUGACUAUUUUAAAAGGAAUUCAAAUUAAGAAAACUAAAACAGGGUGCCAGAAGGGUCUUCCCAAGUCUACUCAAACUAAUAGGAAAAGAGAAUCUGAAUAUAAUAAGGCAGAUGCUGAAAGUGAACCUGUUGAGCAAAGAAGUCAGCUUGAUAAAACUUUCUCCAUUUCUGAUGCUGGAGCAAGCAACAAGACCCUCAGUGUAACCAAUGAAGAAAAGAGAAUUGUAAAAGAAAAAUCACUGAGUUCAGGAUCAAACUUUUGUUUUGAACAAAUAACUUCUGGCAUCAUAAACAAAUUAUGUUCAACCGAAGAAGCAGAACACAGCAAGAAGUGUGAGGAAACCUUUUUAGAAUCUGAGGAAAUAAGAACAAAAGUAGAAGCUGGGGAAAGGAAGGAACAUUUGCAUGCUGACAUUUUAAAAUGUGGCUCUGAAAUGGAUGACAACUGCUCACAAACGGAGAAAGACUCUAUUUCUGUGAAAAUAUGUCAAGGUAUUCAGAGCGCUGAAGCAGCUGAAGAUACCAUUCCACGGACACAAAUAGAAAAAAGAAAAACAAGCCUAUAUUUUUCCAGCAAAUAUAACAAAGAAGCCCUUAGCCCCCCACGACGCAAAGCCUUUAAGAAGUGGACACCUCCUCGGUCACCUUUUAACCUCGUCCAAGAAACACUUUUCCAUGAUCCAUGGAAGCUCCUCAUCGCUACUAUAUUUCUCAAUCGGACCUCAGGUAAAAUGGCAAUCCCCGUGCUCUGGGAGUUUCUAGAGAAGUACCCUUCCGCUGAGGUAGCAAGAACCGCAGACUGGAGAGAUGUGUCAGAACUUCUUAAACCUCUUGGUCUCUAUGAUCUUCGAGCAAAAACCAUUAUCAAGUUCUCAGAUGAAUAUCUGACAAAGCAGUGGAGGUACCCAAUUGAGCUUCACGGGAUUGGCAAAUAUGGCAAUGACUCUUACCGAAUUUUUUGCGUCAAUGAGUGGAAGCAGGUGCACCCUGAAGCAUUCAGCCAGUAGAUCUGGCUAAGCCCAUCCCUGCUCCUCCAUUUAUUGUGAUAAUUCUCAGGGUCUAUAACCUUCUUCUGAAAAAUGGCAUAUUAAUACUUGACUCAUGUUGUCACCAGCCCACGUGCUAGGUCAUGUUAAAGAUCAGUACUAAAUUGGAAAGUACUUUGUGAAGGAUUGCCUUAAUGUAAGAUAGAGUUUUAAGUACUCAUGAAUCUAAUUAGGUUAAAGGUUUUAAUUUGCAGGAAUAUUACAAUAAGGUAUUGUUCCCCUACUGUACCUUUGAAAGGCCCAUUUUAAAAAUGUAUUUCUAACUAACUUCUGUCUCCCAAUGUGUUGUAUUUC